AUGAUGUUCGACGGAGUUCUGAGCUGGUUCCGCGCUUCGGAUGCCGAGGUUGUGCAGGAGACCAGCUGGGAUCCCGUCACUUUGACCAUGAUCCAACCCAGAAGCCCGGUCGCUCCCACCACAGACGAGAUUAUCACCGACCAGCCGAUUCUCGGCGAAGGGAUGGACUUGCGACUGCGCGGUGGUGACAGCAAUGCUGUUUCUGCUGUCGCUGCUGCGGCUGUCUCGAUUCGUGCUGCGCCCCUGACGACGGUCCCGGCCAACGAUUGUAGCGACUUUGAUCUCUCCAUCCCUUCCUUAUCAGCCACCGCAUCCGACGCAUACCGACUGCCUACCCAUACUUAA